UUCAACCCUUCACCCCAGCGAGGCAACAGCUGCUCUGUCUCUCCUCUUACCCUCUGCUUGUUGUAUCAUCGUGCCAUUUAAUUAAACUCAACCAAUUUGAACCUUUCCGGAGACUCCAUUAGUCUCUUCAUUCUAAGCUUCUCUUCUGGGCGCGAGAACAACAAAUACUUCUAACAAGAGCUAACUGUGGACUAUUUCUCAAACUAAAGAAGAGAUGUCCUCCCAGGUCCGACUGCGGCUGCUGCCCAGAGCCAGAUGCAUGUUCGACGAGCCGCUCCAGGUGAAGGUGGCCGGGCUGAGGUCCAGACAGGUAGUCACCCUGAGAGCCAGAGCCACGGACGAGAAGGGAGUGAUGUUCAGCUCCAUGGCCACAUACAAGGCUGAUGGGAGCGGGGAGGUGGACCUGCAGAGAGACCCCUCCCUCAGCGGGACCUACACCGGGGUCCAGCCCAUGGGCAUGCUGUGGUCCAUGAGGCCAGACACCUUGCACAAAAGGUUAAUAAAAACAUGUUCACUGAACCCCCAUGUGGUGAGGUUCUCUGUGCACGAGGAGAAGGGCGGGAUGCUGGCGGAGGCGACCAAUGAGAGGCUUCUGGUUGGAGACGGGGUCAUCCGGCGCCCGGUGAAAGAUGGGAAUAUUCGUGGAGUCCUGUUUACUCCCCCAGGAGAGGGUCCGUUCCCUGCUGUGUUGGAUCUGUACACUUUUGGUGGAGGUUUGUCGGAGAAAAGGGCCUCUCUGCUGGCCAGCCGGGGGUUUGUGGUUCUGACUGUAGCGCUGUACGGCCACGAUGACAUGGCGAAGAACAUCAAAGAGGUCCAUCUGGAUUAUUUUGAAGAAGCAAUAGCGUUUUUAAAGAAACAAGAUAAGGUUGGCAGUAAAGCAGUUGGUGUAAUAUCCAUUUCUAAAAGUGGAGAUCUUGCCCUAUCAAUAGCCUCUAACCUGCCAGAUGUUGGAGCCACGGUGUGGAUAAAUGGCUGCUCUGCCAACACCUUGUUACCCCUCUACUACAAUAAGAGCCAGAUCCUCCCCGCGUUAAUGUUUGACUUGAGCAGGAUGAUCCCCACAGACUCAGGGGCCUUUAACUGCAAAUAUGUGUUGCAAAAUCCGCUGGCAGAGGAGAACAAAGCCACCCUGAUCCCCAUCGAACGAGCCGAGGGACGCUUCCUCUUCGUGGCUUCGGAGGACGACCUCAACUGGGACAGCAAGGCCUACAUGGAGAACAUGGUGGAGCGACUGCAGCGACACGGGAAGGACAACUUUGAGAGUGUGUGUUACCCCGGAGCGGGACAUUACCUGGAGCCUCCGUACGGACCCUACUGCCCCUCAAGUGUCCAUGGGGUUGCAGGCAAGCCGGUCCUGUGGGGGGGGGAAGCACAGGCCCACGCAGCAGCUGAAGUCCACCUGUGGAGAAAGAUCCAGGAGUUUCUCAGGACUCACCUGAGCUGUGAUGCUCCACAGACUAAAGCCAGAUUAUAGACAGAAAUAUCAUCAUAUGAUAAACACACGGAUAACUGUAAAUAAUUAUAUAGCGAAUCAUGUCAUGUUUGAUUUGAUGAUAGUUGAAGCACUGAGAGAAAGACAUGCUUGCAGUAUGCAGUAUUCAUGUGUUUAAUAGGCCCAAUUUUCUAAUAAAUUCUGUCAAUUAAAGUUGGAAACAUGUUCUAACAAAUCUAAGUUGAUAAGAAAAAAGCCCAAUAACUUAUUUUCAUAACAACCUUGAAAUAUACCCUUCAUAUUUCCUCUUAUGAUAAGCAAUCUGAAGCUUCUGUUUUAAGGAACGAGCUGCCAACAUAAUAAAUGAAACCCCAUGGAGA